AUGAAUUUUGAAUUUGAGAGGGAGAUCGGUUUUAUAAACAGCCAGCCGUCCCUAGCAGAGUGCCUGACGUCCUUCCCCGCCGUCCUGGAGUCAUUUCAAACUUCAUCAAUCAAGGAGUCGACAGUAAUUCCGCCUCCCUUCGAGCACACCAUCCCCAGCCUCAGCCCUUGCACAGCCAGCCAGCCGAGACCGACUGCUAGGAGCCAGCAGAACCGGAGAACCUCCGCCACUAAUGGCCUCCAGACGCACCACCGAGCCGCCCAGCAGCCCUGUCCGCCCGGUCAGGCCCCUGCCACGGCCACGGCAACCCCGGCCGGUCCGCUGGCCCACGAGUUCCCCUGGAUGAAGGAGAAGAAGUCAUCAAAGAAGUGCCCCAAGCCUGGGAGCAGCUCCAGCGGUGGCGGAUCCAUCAUCCCCCCUGCCUCGUCCUCCCCGUCGCCGACCGCCUCCGGGUACGCUUCGGCGGGCAUGGAUUCGCCCACAGACCCGAGCCAGGCGAGCCUGGAUGGUGGAGGAGCCGGGUCCCGCCGGCUGCGCACCGCCUACACCAACACCCAGCUGCUGGAGCUGGAGAAGGAGUUCCAUUUCAACAAGUACCUAUGCCGGCCCAGGAGGGUGGAGAUCGCCGCGCUUUUGGAUCUGACCGAGCGGCAGGUCAAAGUCUGGUUCCAGAACCGGCGGAUGAAACACAAGCGCCAGACCACGCACCAUCGGGACGGCGGUGGUGGAGGGGGCCACGAAUCCAGCGACCCCGGCGGCUUUGAGCCGCUCGAAGGCGCCGAUGCCUCCUCCCCGUACUCGAGCCAGCCGCUGGAAGCCUCCGGCACCGGGGAGGCUACAUCGGAGAGCGAGCCGGGGAGCGGCAAUCCAUCUUCGGCUCCUGCUCACACCGCCUACGCUAAUGACAGCGGGGACAAUGCGCAGCCCACGCCGGAGGAGGGAGGCCGUUUGAGCCGCCCUGACCGCCCACCGCUGCCAGAGGCAUCUGGCUCCUCCGACGCGGCUGCGACUCGUCACUCCCCGCCGGCGUUCACCGCCACGAACUCCACCGACAACCCGGGGCUGAUGCAGCUCAGCGAAGCCGGGCCAGCACCAGCCUCCGAUCCGUCAUUCUCUGAGCAGCGGGGCUCCUCCAUCACCUCCACCUCCUCAUCUGCCCCUCCUGCCGGCUCCUCAUCAUCAUCCACACUGCCCGACCUGACCUUCUUUGCCGGGGACGCCUGCCUGUCACCCAGCCUGCAGAGCUCCCUGGACAGUCCGGUGGAUUUCUCCGAGGAGGACUUCGACCUGUUCACACGCACACUGUGCACCAUAGACCUGCAGCACCUCAACUUCUGAGAGCCGCUGCGGCCGCGCCAUGAAGGGUGCAGGAAGCGGAGUGUGUGUGAGUGUGUGUGGACGAACAAUCGAGCGGAGGACGCAGCACUCGGCGAGGACUCUGCUGUCUAAAAAGCAUAAAAGCUUCUCGGCAACAUUCCUGAAACAUUUCGAAAUGAAAAUUAUGUUCCUUUUUAAAUAUAUUUUUUCGUCUUCUUGCUGGUUUUACUUUGCGGCUAUAAUGUAGUUUAACAGAGUUCAUUUUCUUUUUUAAUCUUAAACAUCGAAGGGAUUUUUUUUUUCCACGAUCGAAACGUUGUGGAUUUUUUCUCUCCCCUUGUCCAAAAUUUCAGGUAUUUAUUGCCUUUCUUGCUUUUGCUCACGUUGUGAACGCCGAUCAGUCUGCGUGGAUUUGUUUCCUCUUGUCCAGUGUGGUGCAACUUCAUGGAUCCUUAAUAACUUCUCAGGAACUGUUCACGGAGUCCAGGCGCAGAGAGCCGGACCGCUCUUAUAAAACCUAAAAAAGAAGAAUGAGUUCAUUCUCUCUCUGAACGAGACGAGACGAGAGAGAGGCCCUGCUGAUGACCCGAGUUUUAGACCCUAGUUUAUUUAUUCAGAUUCUUUAAUAGUGAAAAUCCAAAUUAUUUAUUGUACAUAUAUUUUCAUAGUGGAAGAAUAAUAAUAAAAACAC